AUGGAUACUGAUGACAUAGAAUUAGAUUUUAGCGAAGAACAAUUGUUAACCGACAUUGGCGAUCUUGCUGAAAUGUGUAAGUCGAAAUGUGGAACGAAAUAUCUAAGUACUUUAAUUUAUAUGUCAUUACGUUCCUUCAACAUUAAAUGGGAAGCUGUCGAUGCAUUUUUCAAAGAUACUGGUUUGAUGACAGCCCAAACUUCUCAUCAAUGGGCAACAAUAUUUAUUACAGGAGAUUACGAAGAGGCAUGCGAAGCAUUCGUUGUCCACGCAUGCUCACAAAAAUCAGCAGAUUUCAAAGCGAUGGAUCUGGCUCAGUUUAUUGAUGAAAAAUAUUAUGAGGUAACGGGAAUUAUAAAACAAAGUGGCGAUGAUUUGAUAAGAUCGGAAAGCAGUUGUCGUUUGGAUCUUCGUAGAUGGGGAGCAAAAUUCGAAGCAAAUUCACAACGUCCAUAUUUUGAAGGACACGAACGAGACGAUGUAGUAAAACAUCGUACUGAAUUUAUUAAUUACUUUCUAGCACAUAAAGAUUCUUAUUACACAAUUACUGAUGGUGAAACACCUAUGUGGAAGAUUCCAACUCAAAUUCCACAUCGAAUACUUAUAUUUCAUGAUGAAUCAACCUUUCGGAGUGGUGAAGUUAGCCCUAAACGCUGGCUUUUCAAAGAAAAUAUACCGUUUUUUUCAAAAGGUCGUGGUCGCAGUCAUAUGGUUUCAGAUUUUCUCGUCCAACAUCCUAGUGGACUAUUUUUUCAGCUUCCUGAGAAUGAAUGUAAACAAGCUGUUAUGAAAUAUAAAUCAUUGAACGUCAAUAGUGAUGUUAAUUAUCUUGAUCGCACAGCAACAGCUAGUAUUAAUAUUGGAACAGACGCGUAUUUCGAUAAUGAUACGAUUCUGGGACAGUUUGAGAGACUAUUUCAAAUGCUAGAAUUCAAACAAGAAUACAAGGACAAUCAGAUAGAAAUUAUCGCGGACAACGCAAGAACUCAUACUACUAAAUCGUAUUCAUUGCAAGACUUUGGUAAAACCAUUGGCACUCGUUGUCCGGUUGAACAGAUUGAAUAUGUUGAUGAAAAUAACAGAAAAAAAGUUAUUGAUUGUUAUUUUAAAGAGGGAGAAUACAAAGCCGGCAUUGAACCGAUUGAUGAUGAUAAUGAUGAUGAACUUCCUUUAUUUUCAAUUCGACAAAUAUAUAAAAAUUUAAUUAUUUUUGCAUUAAAUUUUGUGUUAAUGUUCACUGCUUAUGGUGGCAUAUCCGUACUACAAUCAAGUUUAAAUAUAGAAGGAAAUGUUGGUGUUAAUUCUCUCAUUGUAACUAAUGCUUUUUUCUUCGUUAGUUCAAUAUUCCUCACGCAUAUGUUAAUCGACAUUUUUGGACUUAAAUGGACGGUGAUUAUUUGUGAAAUAGGUUAUAUAUUCUAUAUUAUUGUUAAUAUUCGACCUCUACCAUCAUUGAUGUAUAUUAGUGCCGGUUUGGUUGGUCUUGGUGCAGCGCCAUUAUGGACAUCUCAAGCAACUUAUAUAAGUCGUAUUGCACGUUAUUAUGCUCAUCGUAAAGAGAAAGAAGUUGGUGUUAUUGUUAGUUUAUUUUUUGGAAUGUUUUAUGCUAUUUACUAUACAAAUCUUAUUUGGGGAAAUUUACUUUCAUAUCUUGUACUUAAUCAAUCAAGUCAAUCACAAAAAUUUAAUUGUGGAAUUCAUUUUGAUCCAUUAUCAAAAACAAAAACUUCAGCAUCGAACAAUGUUAAUGAUGUGACACGUUAUGUUCUAUGUGGAAUAUAUGCUGGACUGGGUAUUGUGUCAAUAAUUCUUCUAGUUUUAGUACUUGAUCAAAUUCGAUUAGCUAAACCACAAUCUGUUAGACAAUCAUUAAAGAAAAGUGUUGAACUUCUUCAAUCUUUAAUUCAAUGGAAACAUCUUAAUCAAUUAUUUCUUGUUCCAUUAAUAAUAUGGUCAACAAUUGAACAUGCAUUUUUAGUUGUACAAUUUACUCGAGUAAGAAAAUGA